ACAGUCCUAGUCUACACCUAUGCAAAAGACUAGCACUACAUCUGCCAAUAAGAAAUGCUCGUUUAAGAGAGGAGUAAAAACCGCUGACUAUAAAGUGCACUUCCGCGUAAAAUACGGGGAAUUCACUAUAGAAAUUAUGAGCGCCGAUUGCAUUUGAAGAAAUUAUAAUCACUUCCUCGAAACGAACCCUUACCGCGAAAUAACUAGUCGAUCACGAUGUCCCUUGUAGAUUUAGGGAAGAAGUUGUUGGAGGCAGCACGAUCAGGACAAGAUGAUGAGGUUCGCAUUUUAAUGGCAAAUGGAGCACCAUUUACCACAGACUGGCUUGGAACAUCUCCGCUUCAUCUUGCAGCACAGUAUGGUCACUUUUCUACAGCAGAAGUACUGCUUAGAGCUGGUGUCAGUCGAGAUGCUAGAACUAAGGUUGACCGAACUCCUUUACAUAUGGCAGCUUCAGAAGGUCAUGCAAGUAUUGUGGAGGUGUUACUAAAGCAUGCUGCUGAUGUCAAUGCAAAGGAUAUGCUGAAGAUGACAGCUUUACAUUGGGCUACCGAACAUGGUCACCAGGAAGUGGUUGAAUUAUUAAUAAAAUAUGGUGCUGAUGUUCACGCGCAGAGUAAAUUUGGCAAAACUGCCCUAGACAUUGCAGUAGACAAUGGAAAUGAUGAAUUGGCAGACAUUUUGCAGAUAGCUAUGCAGAAUCAAAUCAAUACAAACCCAGAGAGCCCAGACACAGUAACAAUACAUUCUGCAACACCUCAGUUUAUCAUUGGACCUGGAGGAGUAGUAAAUCUUGCAAGUCUGGUAUCCACAACAAAUUCAAAGACAACAGAAGACACUUGUAUAUCAACGGUACAGUUUGGGAACUCAUCAACUUCCGUGUUGGCUACAUUAGCAGCCUUAGCAGAAGCAUCAGCUCCUCUGACCAACUCUUCAGACACACCAGUGGUUGCCUCAGAGGAAGUCGUGACUGCAGAUACUGUAGAUGGUGCAGUACAGCAGGUUGUUAGCACUGGAGGUCAGCAAGUCAUUACCAUUGUUACAGAUGGCAUUCAGCUUGGGAAUUUGCAGUCUGCUAUCCCAGCUACGGGAAUAAGUCAACCGAUUAUUGUAACUAUGCCAGAUGGACAACAAGUUUUAACUGUCCCUGCCACGGACAUAGCCGAGGAAACUGUCAUAAGUGAAGAGCCACCAUUAAAGAGACAGUGUUUUGAAGUCGUUGAUAAUACUGCUAAAUCAAUAGAAACUGAGGGGGGCAAAGAUGUCACAAGCAUUCUGAAACAUUUGGGAGAAGCAAUGAAAAACAAGGCUGAUGUCAGUGAUGAAGUCAAGACAUUACCAGACAAUUUGAUUAAGGAGCGAGAAUCUUUGCAGAAGCAGCUGGAAGAAGCCAACAGAGAGGCUCAAAGGUAUCGACAACAACUUUUGAAGAAAGAGCAAGAAGCAGAAGCCUAUAGGCAAAAACUAGAAGCAAUGACUCAUCUCCAGAGUAACAAAGAAGCUAUUUAAAUAAUUUAUCUUUGAUUCUUUAAAAAGAAAAAUAAUGCAGAUGUGCUCAAUAGCAGUACAUUUCUAGAAAACUGAAAGUUCUAAAAAUAAUUUUCUGUUCUGUCAAAAAUGCAGAUGAUGAUCUGCAGUCCUGAAAAAAUGAACACUGAAAAGUUUCUGUUAAUUUUGUGUUGUAUUUAUUUGUAUUAAGCUUUUAAGCUUGUAUAAUGUGUGUUUAAUGGUUUGCUAUUCAUUACAAACUGUAUGCUUAAACACAAACAGGAAUUAUCUUAUCAGUAGACCACAGACAUACAUGGAACAAAAGUUGUAUUGUCCAGUAAUCUUGUUUUUUACUACUUUUUAUUUAUUUUUUAUAAAUACAGUGCUUUAAC